AUGUGGCUCUCGGUGCCAUCAACCGACAGCCUCACCCGGCCGCGCAUCGCAGUCGCCGUCUUCUCCGCCAUCGCCGCUCUCUCGGUCAGCUAUUAUGCCUACCAAGCCAACCGAGACCAAUAUGGAGAUGGCGUUCCUGGCCCUGGACUGCACCGGAGCAAUGCUGUCCGCCGCAACCACAGACGAGCGCGGCGAAACUCGGUAUCCUCUGAGGGUUCUCACGGCGACGAGAACGCCGACAUCGACGCAAUUAACCCCCUGAACGAUACCGAUACGAUAGUAGACGGCGGUACUGUUGACGAGUGGUGGAAUGACCCCAACGGACUGCAGCCCCAGGCCCGCGCUGGGCACAACAUUGUCAGCCUGCUUUUCAGAGUCUCCGAGGACAACGCUCGACGAAAUGCUUGCGUACACAGGGGCUGCGCGUGUAACGCCUGCGGCAUGGUCCCUAUUCGUGGCGUACGUUACCGUUGCGCCAACUGCGCCGACUUCGACCUGUGCGAAACCUGCGAAUCGCAAGGUGUUCACAUUAAGACGCACAUCUUCUACAAGAUCAAAGUUCCCGCACCGCCCUUCGGUCCCCGUCAGAUGCAACCCGUCUGGUACACCGGUGACCCCGACACAUGUAUACGGAAUCUGCCUCGAUCUCUAAUGGCAAAGCUCAGCAAAGAGACUGGCUUCGAAAGGCCCGAAAUUGAGGCCUUCUGGGAGCAGUUCACUUUCAUGGCAAACACCGAGUGGCGAGAGGACCCGGACGACCUACAGCUUGCGAUGGACAAGAAAACCUUCGAGCGGUGCCUGGUGCCGUCAGGCGGCUCUCGACACGCGACGCCGAACCUGAUACACGACCGCAUGUUUUCAUUCUACGACACCAACAACGACGACCUGAUCGGCUUCACUGAGUUUCUACAUGGACUGGCCUACCGCAAACGGAAGGACAAGCUGCGCAAAAUCUUCGAAGGUUACGAUAUCGAUGGGGACGGCUUUGUCAACCGCCGCGACUUUUUGCGCAUGUUCCGCGCCUACUAUGUUCUCUACAAACAGAUGCAUCGCGAUAUCCUGGACGGCCUGGACGACCAGCUCAUGGGGAGCACCGAAGCUCAGCAGCUUGUGGCUAGCAGACAGCCGUUGAGCAGCUUGUUUGGUCGUGAAGGCAGGGUUCCCCGCGCUGACGGCAACAACCGUAGUGACGGCAAGAUAUUCCACCCCAACGGCGACGUCGAGUUGGAGCCCGGUAGAAACGGCGUUGUGGGAGAGGACAAGGGCGACACCUCAUCGAGAGAGGACGUCCUGACUAGGCUCUUUGCUCCCUAUAUCGGCAGCCCUUGGCAGGUUCAGAUGCGCUCUCCAGAUAGUGAACCAGACACGCCGUACUGGGACGCUCUGCUCAACCCGCCUACUAGCAUCGACGACCUGCCCGACCUGCUCACUGGUCAACGCCGUGAGCGUAAUGAAAUGGACUUUGACUUCGACCUCGAGAUCGGCGGCUCAGAUGGUGAAGAGGAGAUAAACAACAACUCCGAUGCGGAGAACAGGAGUUCCACUGGUCGCCCUACCGGCCCGGCCAAUGAUUCAGAGAACAGGACUGGGAGGGUCGAUUCCGAACAAUUUACUAACAGUAUGCCCACUGAGAGUCAACUGCGGGCCCAAGUUAUCAACCACAAGAGGCAAUUAGCCCCUGAUAUUGAAAGAAAGCGGCGACAGGCCGCUAGAAAACAACUACACGACAGAUGGAAGAGGAGACAGUUUUAUCUCGAUGAGGAGGAGGGUGGAUCGGCCCCCGAUGGCUGGCAGUCUGAUGAGGAUGUGUUGGUGAGCCUCAACGGUGUCGCUGAGAGCUCAAAGGCAGCUCAGCAACAAAUCUUGUCGCCACGCUCCAGGUCGUCGUCCAAGGUGCGAUUUGCCGAAGAUACGGACGACUAUGAAAUCAGAUCCAACCCUUCAACGUCUUCUAGGAGCGUGCCUGAACGUUGGGGAGGCAUGGAAAUCCCAGGCGAGGAGCGCGAUGCUGGCAAGGAGAUUCUUUACCAGGUCACCCAGCAGGCCUUCAACGAGCUUCUCGAUGCCAUCUUCAAAGAUAAGGAGGAUUUGGCUGUUAAAGCAGCAGCAACCAGGUCCAAGCGAGAGAAGCACAGGCAUCUCUUUGAGCUUUUGACUGUCGACGAGCCCAAGUCCAAGGCAGUUGAGCCACGACAGCCGCGCAAGGCAUUGGAUGAGGGCAAACCGAUUGCCGAGCGCUCUUUGGAAGAACUUCUGUUGACUAGCGGUUACAGAGUUGAGGGUUCCGGUAAUGGAGAGGACGCAAAUGCCACCGAAGAGCCCGAAAGAGUAAUCGAAGAGAUUGAUGAUUCAGAAGAGGAGGCAAAUCCGGAAGUGGAUGAGAACACGGCGGUUGUCGAGGAGGUCGAAUACAGAGACCCCACGAUGCCCCAGUUCCGCCCCAACAGUGACGCACCCGUUGAGCCCAUUGCAUCGGAUGCCACACCACCUUCAUCAGAUGAUUCAUCGUCAUCAAAAACGAAGGGUCUCAAGUCAGCCAUGAAGAAGAAGUCUGGCGAGUCCUCGAAGCAGUCGGCCCGUACCAUCCCCCACUCCACUCUCCUGGAGUGGAAGCGUCUUGACCUGGCAGAGAAGGAAGCCGCCGACCGCGGUGGCUGGGGCAAGCUCAGCUUCGACGAGUUUGAGGACGUCUACAAGAGCCAGGAGAAUGCCGGCAACAGGCUCGACUACUUGGGUAGCUGGGUGGAUUUCUGCAUACCAUAG